AUGGUUGAUGACGUGAAAGAUAUUACGGAAAAAGCUGAAAGCAAAGAGGCCCUAGACCGAGCGAGAUUAGCACGAGAGCGUCGAGAAGCAGAGCAAAGGAAAAGACUGGACGAGUUACGCGCGCACGCUGCCGCUGCGCAGGCGCAACGCGAGAAAAGGGACGAGGAACGCAGGCGCAGGCAGGCUGAGCAACGCGCCAAAGAUGAUGAUAGACGGAUACAGGUGGAAGAACGAAAACGUGCAAUAUGGGAAGCGUCAGUGUCUCGUCGAGAGGCGUUGUUGCAGCGCGAGCGCGAUCGCACCGAGCGCUUGGAGCGAGCGCGAGCGGCUCGCUCGGCGCCGAGGCCCGCGUUCGCGUUCGGUUCGUCCACCCCUCGUCUGUUAGAGCCGGUAGACUCUGCUGGAUUCUUUUGGGCAGCGCGCAGUACCAACCCCAUAGAUCAGAUGAACUUUUUUGAAUCACUGGCGGCAUCAACAACAAAUGUGAUGUACGCGUCUGCGCCGCUCACGAGACGCGCGUCCGCACUGCAGCUGGACUCGUCCGAUACUGAUACUAAAGGAGUCAUGUUCUCAAGCCUGUACGAACCCGACCGGUCGCCCCAACUCUGGUCGUCGGUAGCACGUCGCCGCACCGACCUGGUGCCGACGCUCCCGGCUCGACCAGGUAGGGCCCACUCCAUGACGCGUCUGGACCGCCUCCCGCGGUCCACGGUACACUCGUCGCAGUCCACACAGCAUUUAUCACAGACGAGAUCAGGCGAAACGACUCCAGGUUCGAGGCCGGGCAGUGCAAUGUCGAACACCAACGUGGUGCGCCGGGCGACGUCCGCCCCGCGCAAGCCGCGCCCCGCAUCUAUAGCCGGUACGGGUGUUAACACGCCGCGAGGCUCGGACACGGGCGCCAACAGUCUGGCGACGACGCCGUCGGUGUCGCGCGACGCCACCACAGUGGCGAGCCGGCCGGCGCCCGCGCCGCGCCGCCCGCGCCCGCUGUCGCUGCACGCGCCGCCGCGCCCGCAGCACUCUACCCCCGUGGGUCCCGGAGAAGGCAAGCCGCCACUACAUCGAAAGCCAAAGCCAUCCAAAGAUCACGAUAAGAACGCGGGCAAGUCCCUGUCGGCGUCGCCGGGGCGCGCGCGGUCGCCCGCCGCGGACGUGUGCGCGGACAGGGACGGCAAGAAUGUGUCGCAAGGCGCGACGGACAAGUGCCAAGUGAGCGCCGUCGAGGUCGUGCAGAAGUUGGAGGCCUUGCAGAUAGAGGACCGGCAGCAAAUAACCGAAACAAAAGAAACAGUAGAAGCUAAGUUAGAAUCGAACAACGAACAAAAGGUACAACAUAGAGAAGAGAAGGAGAAAGAGAAGCCAGCAGACGCACAGAAACCGGAGAGAGAGGAAAGAGAGAAGGAGUCCUCGCAAGAGAAGACUGAAGAGAAUGAAAUGACUGCGUCGAUGUCGGCGCGCCGCAUCACCACGGAGGAGCAGGCGAAGGCGGCGCUGGCGGAGCGCCGGCGCAGGGCGCGCGAGGAGCUCGAGCGACAGGCAGAGAUAGAGCGCCGGAGACUACAGCGUGAGGCAGAAGAAGAGUUAGAGAGACAGCGCCAAGAAGAAGAGAGGCAGCGGCGUGAAGAAGAAGAAGCGCGGGAACUCGCCGCGCUGCAGCGCCGCCUGGACGAGGAGAAGCUGAAGAAGGCCAUCGAGGCGCAACAACAACUCGAAAAGGAGGAAGCGGAGCGUCGCGCCAGAGAAGAAGAAGAGAAGAAAGCGAAGUUGCGCGAAGACGAAGAGAGGAGACGCGCUGCGGAGGACGCGGAGAAACUGCGCCGGGAAGAAGCGGAGAGAGAGGAGAAGGAGAGACUCGCGCGCAAGCAGAGAGUCGAGGCUAUAAUGGCGAGGACACGCCUCAAGAAGCAAGCGGAAGAAGACAAGAAACAGCAAGAAAUGAAAGCGCAACAAAACCAAUCUGAAAGCACUAAUGCUAACACUAACAGUAACCUAAAUAAUAGUGCUAAAUCUGAAAAUACAGCAAUUGUUCCACAAAAUACAACAUCAGUUACAACUGUUGAACAAGAAAGUGCACCUAAUGUAGGAAAAUCUAACGAAAGCGCACCAAGCUUGACAGAAAAUAACGAGAAUGCACCAAACUUAAUGAGUGCUAACGAGAGUGCCAACAUAACGAAAGUUAACGAAAGUGCAACAACCGUAGUAGAAAGUGUUUUAGUAUCAACAAAUGUAGUGCAAGAUAGUGCAUCGAGUGAUAAUAAAUUGGUAGAAAGUGCACAAGAUGUGAAUGUGUUGAAUAGUGUUUGUGAUAACAGUAACGGGAAUGUGGAAACCGGGGACUUGUUGCAGCUUGCCACUAGUCAGGGCGAUUCGAAGCAAGAAGCAGGCCCUCAAACCAACAGCAACACGAACAACCCGACCAACAACGGCAACGUGACGGCCGACCUGCUGGGACUGUCCCAACAACACGAGACAAAGGACAAACCAGAGGAGCAAUCACCCAAACUCGAGCCGGCCAUGGACGCGAGCAACGGCAACGCUGGCAUCAUAUCCGCUAACUUCAUACAGACAGAACGCCUGGCGGAGAAGCAGGACUUCGCAUCGCACAACGGACACUCGCAUCCCCUCACAUUGCAAAACGCCAUC